UUACUGAGAUGCAGAAUGCAAUGGGCAGACAUGCAGCAGCAGACACAGGACUUGUUUGUCUAGCAGAUGAGCGUGCUUGCUAGCUUGCUGUGUGCCUGGGCUUUGUAGGAAGUGGAACAAGACUUGCUUUCUUCUGCUUUUCUGUUUUUUUGUGAGAAAAUCAGCUGCAGGAACACAAGGCCCAAGAUGUUUUGCUUGACCUCAAAUGUCCUGCAGCAAAGUUCAAUGGGAGUAAAGUUUUUCAGUUGUGUAUAAAGCUCCUUGAGGUCUGUUGUCAGGGCUGCGUUCCAGGAUCCCUCCUCUUGGAUUAGCUGUCAGCAUGGCGGCAAGCAGAAGUCGCCCUGCUAUACGCAGAGUGGCAGUAUUUGGGGGCACCCAUGGAAAUGAGUUAUCCGGAGUCUUCCUAGUUAAACACUGGUUAAAACAUGGAGGGGAAAUUGCCAGACCGGGCAUGGAGGUGAGACCAUUUAUUACCAACCCAAAAGCUGUGGAGAAAUGUGUUAGAUAUAUUGACACUGACCUGAACCGAGUUUUUGACAGUCAAAGUCUUAGCAAUGAUCAUGCAGGAAAAGUACCAUAUGAAAUAGAACAAGCACAAAAAAUCAACUCCAUAUUUGGUCCAAAAGGGAGUAAAGAUGCUUACGAUGUAAUACUCGACCUGCACAACACCACUGCACACAUGGGGGCGACACUGAUCCUUGAGAAUUCUAGAGAUGUUUUCUCUAUACAGUUGUGUAAAUACAUUCAGAAGUCCAUGGCUCCCGAACCUUGUGCUGUGUUGUUAAUUGAACACCCUGAUGUAAAAUAUGCAACAACUCGCUCUAUAGCAAAGCAUUCAAUUGGUGUGGAGGUUGGACCUCAACCACAUGGGGUGAUUCGAGCAGAUAUUCUACAUAAAAUGAGGAACGUAGUAAAGUAUGCAGUCGACUUCAUGCAAUAUUUUAAUGAAGGGACAGAGUUUCCACCCUGUAGUAUAGAAGUGUACAAAGUCCUGGAAAAGAUAGACUAUCCAAGGAAUGACCGUGGUGACCUUGCUGGAAUUAUUCAUCCAAGCCUCCAGGAUCAAGACUGGAAACCACUGAAUCCUGGUGACCCCAUGUUUAUUACAAUGGAUGGAAAAGUUACCUGCUACGAAGGGGAAAAUACAGUUUAUCCAACAUUUGUGAAUGAGGCAGCAUACUAUGAAAAAAGUCAAGCUUUUGCCAAAACUGAGAAAGUGACACUCACUGCACAGUCAAUUCAUUGUAACUCUAUAUAAGAACAAGUCAUUCAAGUCCUAUUAUGGUAUUAUCUUGGUGCUUGAAGAAAAGAAAAUAGUUUUUUUGCUUCUUUUAUACAAAUUAUAAACGCCCUGACUCCUGUGAGCAGAAUUUAGAUGAAAGCUCCUGGAAUUUGUAGUGGACUCAUCAAAUUCCAGUGCUGUGGGCCAUGCACUUCUGUCUCUUUUGUUACCGGAUUGAGGUUGCACUUUGCAAGACGGCUGAUUUUUACUAAAGGCAAACCUUACACUAUACAUUGACCAUGGACUAUUGGUAGUGUUCUCACCAUUUGCUGCUUUUUUAUCAGUUGUUCUGUCACUUUUGCAAUACAGCAGUAAUAAAAACUUUACCUAUACAAGGGCAGAGACAAAAAAAAAAAUAUUUCCCAGGGUUCAAAUUGGAAUUGAUGGUUCCAAUGCCCGAGCCGUGUGUAUGAUCCUGUAUGGAGGCACACGGAUUCCCUGUGGCUCUGUAUUAAGAACAAUAGGCACUCCUCCUUCCCACUGAAGUCAAUGGGACAGAGGAGCUGUAAUUACACCUGUUCACCACUGGUAUGUCGACCGCAAGCUGGUAAAUUGGAAAGAAAAGGGUGCACUUGCAUGAGCGCUGUGUUCUCUUCAAACAGCUGAUCAGCGGGAGUCGGACACCCGCCAAUCUGAUAUUGAUGACCUAUCCUGAGGAUAGGUUAUCAGUAUAGGUAACCAAUCAACCCCUCUAAUGGCAGGACUCUUUCCUUAAGGAAUAAUUACAACUCAAGCUUCACCGGACUAGAGAUCUGUCCAGUUUACAGCACUAACGUAGUCAACUUGCAGGAGUUAUUGGUGGCAACCAUGGCAUCUUUCUUCUCUAGUAAUUCAUGCAAUAAAAAUAAGCUCAAGUACUGAUUUCAUAAAAAAUAUAUAGUUUUAUUUUCACUUUUUUCACAAUGCCUUACAAUGUAUUUUAAAUAAAUAUAUUUAACAGAGAAAUAAGUUGCAGUCAUUGACUCCUUGUUAAUAUGACAUUAUUAUCUUCCAGAAACCAUAUUGCAGAUAUUAGAGGUAGGAUUCACUUAUGAACUAAAACGCAAACUUAAAUGACAGUGAAAAGCACAAAAUAAUAAAUAUACCAAAAAUGUGUACACCUAAAAUACAAACUUCUACAAAUAUUAUGAUAUAAAUAGUGUAAAAAAACACAUAAAAACAAUGUAAAAAUCCAACAUAUCAAGUCUGUUUGCUGUCACGUAGCACUAGAUUUGUGCAUCCCUGAGAUUACAAAUUCCUAGCACCAAGCAUUUACCAGAGCAGCAUCCAUAGAAGGGUGGGUUCACAUCUGCGUUCUGGCUUUCCGUUAUAAAAUGGUUAUAAUGGAAUCCAUAAAAUGGAAAGACGGAUCCGUUAUACUGCCCAUAGACUUGUAUUAUGAAGGAAUGCAAAACGUAAGCCUUUAAAGGGCAUUCCAUCUUGCUUUCCAUCCUAAUAGAAGUCUAUGGGAAAGCAUAUAAGAUCCGUCUGGGACCCGUUAUGCAGAACAGACAAAAGUCCUGUCGACAGGACUUAGUUUUUUUG